AUGGCCGCACCACACUCCACUCCAUUUAUAAGUCACAAUUUGUUUAUUUAUAUUGCUAUCUCGCUCUUGCUCCCGAUGGCUGACGAGGGAGCAGCGAAGGUGUACGAAGACAUCCGAAACUUCGCGAAAGAUGAAAAGCGAUUGACUCGAGAGUAUCAUUUGAGGCAGGGAGCUUUGAGAGGGCUGAUUGUGAAGCCAGGGAAACAGUAUGACCUGCAGCCGGUAGAAAUGUUUUUAGGUAUACCAUAUGCAGCGGCUCCGGUCGGGAACUUGCGGUUUAUGCCACCAGUUAGCGCUCCUCCUUGGUCCGGAGUCAAGAUGGCAACACACUUCGCUCCAGUUUGCCCUCAGACUUUACCUAUCAUCAAGAAGGGCAACCCACCAUCUUUGGGCAGGCAACACUACCUUCAGAGACUGAAGACCUUCCUUACUCAAGAAUCAGAGGACUGCUUGUAUCUGAACAUCUACGUACCGUACAGAGAACACAAAUCCAAGAAAUUCCCUGUAUUGGUGUUCAUACACGGCGAUUCGUUUGAGUGGAGCUCCGGGAACCCGUACGACGGCAGGAUACUGUCAUCAUAUGGGAAUAUUAUGGUGAUCACCGUCAAUUAUAGAUUAGGAAUCUUAGGUUUCAUGAAACCAAGUAUUACUGAGCACGUUUACGGCAACAAUGGUCUUCUCGAUCAGCUAGCAGCUUUGCAGUGGAUUAAGGAUAAUAUUGAAGAUUUAAACGGUGACCCCAAUUCGGUCACGCUGAUGGGCCAUGGUACUGGAGCUGCGUGUGUCAACUUCCUCAUGCUGUCUCCUAUAUCCAAUGGCUUAUUCCACCGUGCGAUACUCAUGUCUGGGACUGCGCUAUCGGAAUCAGCGAUGACGAAGGACCCGACGCAGUACACGUUGCAAGUGGCACAGAGUUUAGGCUGUGAUCUGCAUUCCAAGAAUAUGAUAAUGACCUGUUUACAAAAUAAACCAUUGUCAGAAAUAAAAAAAGUCCAGAUCCUCGCUCGAGAUUUUGAGACGCCCCUAGGUCCUGUUGUCGCCGGUUCAUUUAUACCGAACGAACCAAUACAGACAAUGGAAGCCUUCCCGAAUCUCCUAAGCAAAUAUCAGCUACUAUGUGGAGUUACAGAACUUGAGAGCUAUCAUGACUUUGGAGUGAUAGAACUGGAUCACGGAAUUUUGGAGAACCAGAGAGACGAGUUCAUAAAGAAAUUCGCAAAAAUUGUUUUUGAUGGAGCAGAGGAUUUAACAUUAAAGGAAGUCUUAAAGCAGUACUCCCCAUCAAAACUGGAUCCUCAGCGUUGGAGCGUCGAAACGAACCGAGACGUCAUCUUGAACUUGUUUAGCGACGCACGGACGUUGGCGCCAAUGAUCAACUUCGCCAAUUACCAAUCGAAAGCCAAUCGCCAAUCUUACUUCUACGUGUUCGGACACAAUUCCAUCAGCACUGACUAUGCUCCGUUAAACAAGAGUGUACACGGCGAAGAAAUGCCAUAUGUCCUGGGUAUUCCGUUGGGCGGUGCGAAUUCACAUUUCCAUUCCGAAUAUACGUUACAAGAGAAAUUGCUCAGCGAGGUUGUAAUGAGAUUAUGGACAAAUUUCGUGAAGAAUGGAUCGCCGAACACACAAAGCGUAAACGAGUAUUUUACUUUGGACAAGAAGCAGUGGAACCAAUACAAUGUGGAAUGGCCCGAGUACAACGUCGUACAUCAACCUUAUUUGAGAAUUGAUUUGCCACCUUCAAUAAAUAGCUUAUACCGAUCGAACUAUACUAACUUCUGGAUCGAGACUUUGCCUAAUAAAAUGAAAAGAUACGUCAUCGAUCCUUUAUUCGAAAUUACAUUUACUACAACAACGCAUCGACCGAAACCUACACAUAGAACAAUAGAUCCUAUCAGAAAAAUUGGGAUAUCUCCUGUACACAGCCCGCCUCAUUACAGUUCUUCUUCGUCUUAUGGAAUGUUGCGGCCAUAUUCUCCGCCUGUAUCAAGACCAGACACAGAUUCGAUAUAUCGGGAAAUACAAGCAAUAAAAACACCAGCAAGAUCAAUUCCACGUGGUUUCAUUGAAAAAACCGUACUCACUACUACAAAACCUGUAACUGAAAUAUCGGUUAAGACAUCUAGUACUACUGUGACGCUCGUCGUUUCCCUUAGUAUAUUAUUUCUUGCAAUAAAUAUUGGUAUCUGCGGUAUAUUUUACUAUAAGAAAAGAAAAUCUCGGUUAAGAGAAAGAACAUUUAAUACAUCUAAUUCACCUCGUGUGGAGGCUGGUGAAGUAGAUGUCAUAGGACAGAAGAGUUCGAAAGAUGACAAAAGUGCACUGAAAACUUUCAAAAAUGGUUGUAGUGUUAUAAAAUCAAUGAGUAUAAACAGGAUGCGAAAUAACAGUAAGAAAGAUAAAAAGAAAGAAGUAUGUAAGACGCCAAAAUCAGAUGAUUCUGGUGGUUUUAGAGAACGAUUUCAAUUAAGGAGACAUUUAUCUACCAGUACAUUAGACGCUCACACAAAAGUUAGAGAUUGGAUUGCCAAUGGAGUAAUGCAUAGAUGCUCUCCAAGUGUUUUAAGAAAAUCUAAUUCAGAACUUAAUGAUAAGUCAUAUAUUAAUACAAAACCUUACACACGAUCUGAAGAAUUACUCUCUGAUUCAAGAAAAAUAUCAAAACCAACCUUAAAACUCGAUGAAACGCUGUGUCCCAAUAACAUAUUAGCAAAAAACUAUAGUGGUAAAAAUAAAACUUCAGAAAAAACAACAUCAACGUCAGCAUUAGAUUCUCAUUCUUCCCUUAUCAGUAAUAAGCAAUCAACAAUUGAUAAGCGUAUAAAUAAAUCAAGCGAUUCUUUGAAAAGUAAAGGAACAGACAGUAUUAAAUCCAAAAAAGUAUCAGUUGCUAUUGAUGCUACACCCGCAGCCCGAACCAACUCUGUUUUAAAACAAGAGCCAAUAGAGUUUUCUAAAUCAUUUGAAGAACUCAAACACUCCAAUGUAGAGAACAAAUUACAAAGGUCAAAAACCGACGGCUCGAUUCAAACUGAAAAUAUUAUUAGCGUCCCAAGUGAAACAGACACCAAUAAAACUUACACAAAUGAAGUUAUAUUAGCUCUAGGUCAAAACAAUGCACUUAAAGUGUCUCAUAAACAUUCUACCUCCGAUCCUGUGACAGAUGUUAAUUAUGAGGCUUUAAUGAAGGAAAAGUUGCGACGUCAAGCUGAAGUUAUAGACAUACUGCCUCCAGUAACUUUUCGAAAUGAAAUCAAUGUUACAUCACGAGAUGACAAAACACAAGCUAAGCCUCUAUCAGCAGAAGAUGCACUACUCACAAUUAAAAGAAGAAACUUCCCUAAAGUACUGCCUGAUUUACCAAAUGCGCACAAAAGAUUGUCGUUACAACCGACUGCGUUGCAAACGUUUGCCGGGUAUGUUGGAGGUGGAAGUAUUGAAAAUCAAUUGGAUAGGCCAAGAGUUCCGCCACAGCCCCCGCCAAGAACAACAACUCUGGAAAGACGUCUUGCGUACAAAAAUACUAAGCUGCUUUCUUCAUUUGAUGUUUCAAACGUCAAAAAGAUUCCUGAAUCUGCUGUAUAUAAUAGAAAUUAUGAGAACUUAGAUAGUCUAUCGCCUGUGAUUGGUAAUAAGUCACAUAACAAAUCAUUCGAUUCUAUAACUAAAAGUGAUAAAUCUGGACAUCAAAGAGAGUAUCCUAAAGUUAUUAUUGCAUCAAGUAACUCGUCAUGUACACCGGAACCAACAAUUAUAAUCAAACCGUCACCGAGUCAAAUAGAAAUCCCUUCAAGCGGUCCUAGGGUUAGAUUACCUGAUGAUUUUCAUUCACACAAUUCGGGAUCCGUGACUUCUUUUCCAUCUUUUUAUUCUGAUGAUGACAUAAAUGAAGAAGUGGAUGAUGAUUUUCUUGAUAAUCUCGCUGAAGACAAAUUGAUUCAAGAAUUGGUAGGAGGAGUAGAAUCACCAACUGACAUGGACGUACUAGACUCCAAAGGACCAGAAACGAUAUUUGAAAAGAAAGUUGAAAUUGUACCCGUUAGAAUAAACGCGGUACAUAUUGAGCCUAAGAGUAAAGAAAACUAUGUAUGUAUUUCGGAUUUACACUUACCUGAUAUGACUGGAAUAGAACAAACUGCACAAAUAAAACCUAACUUUGGCUUAAAUAAGCUCAAAAAUAGAAGUGAAAGUAUAAAUAGUCCACCAGAAAAAGCGAUAAAAGUUAUACCUAAAAAAUCUCUAAAGCCUUCAUCAAUUUUAAAUAGAGGCACCAAAAGUAGUAGUGGUAGUUUUAAAAGCAAAAGUGAUUCUAGUAAUUUGGAACAUUCGAAUUCUGGUUCUUCUAAUGAUACGGAGACCAGUACUGGAACGGUGAAGAUGGUUGAAUCAAAGUAAUACUUUUGCGUAAAAGAUAAAAAAAAUGUUUAAUUGUAUUAGUUUAAUAAUUCUUUAAGUUUAAAUAUUAUUGAGACUUGACGAAUAUAUUCAUAAAGCAUUUACUAACGAACAAUACAUUUAUUGUUUGUAUAUUAUUGUCAAAAUAUAUCUGAUACAAGUAGGUGAUACUAUUCAAAUAAGCUUUAAAAUAAUUUUAGUUUUAGUGAUAAGUUGCUUUUAUUUAAAUUAGUAAGCCUUCAACAUAACGAAGAAAAGAGAAAUAUUCUUCAGAGUUUUGACCAAUUUUUAACCAAAUUUCAAUUUAAUGCAGCUAUUAAAUGCAUUUAGAAAUUAAAAUGUAUGAAAUAGAAA